CCGCGCUCGGCCGGGUCCUGAGCUCGCGGGCUGCCGGAACUUGUUCGUGUUGAAGAGUGGCCCCUGAAGUCCGAGGCUUUAGGAGUCUGGAGAUAUAGGGGCCGCCACCUCUAAGGAGACUCGAUACCUGCCCCUUCAUCUCGAGCAAGCUCCACAUUGCUAUGGAUACCGAAUCCACAUAUUCUGGAUAUUCUUACUACUCAAGCCAUUCGAAAAAAUCUCACAGACAAGGGGAAAGAAAUAGAGAGAGACACAAAGCACCACGAAAUAAAGAUAGCAGAGGGUCAGAAAAGUCUGUCACCAUCCAGGCUCCCACUGGAGAGUCUCUGCUGGCACAUGACUCCGCCCGGACAGAGGAGGUUCAGGAUGACAACUGGGGCGAGACCACCACGGCCAUCACGGGCACCUCGGAGCACAGCAUAUCCCAGGAGGACAUCGCCAGGAUCAGCAAGGACAUGGAGGACAGUGUGGGGCUGGACUGCAAGCGCUAUCUGGGCCUCACCGUGGCCGCCGUCCUGGGACUGCUAGUCUUCCUCACGCCCAUCGCCUUCAUCCUGCUGCCCCCCAUCCUGUGGCGGGACGAGCUGGAGCCCUGCGGCACCAUCUGCGAGGGACUCUUCAUCUCGGUGGCGUUCAAGCUCCUCAUUCUGCUCUUCGGGACCUGGGCGCUGUUCUUCCGCAAGCAGAGGGCGGACUUGCCGCGGGUCUUCGUGUUCCGCGCCCUGCUGCUGGUGCUCAUCUUCCUCUUCGUGGUUUCCUAUUGGCUCUUCUACGGGGUCCGCAUCCUGGACUCUCGGGACCGGAAUUACCAGGGCAUCGUGCAGUACGCGGUGUCACUGGUAGACGCCCUCCUCUUCAUCCACUACCUGGCCGUGGUCCUGCUGGAGCUCAGGCAGCUGCAGCCCAUGUUCACGCUGCAGGUCGUGCGCUCCACCGACGGCGAGUCCCGCUUCUACAGCCUGGGGCACCUGAGUAUCCAGCGAGCAGCAUUGGUGGUUCUGGAAAACUACUAUAAAGACUUCAGCAUCUAUAACCCCAACCUCCUAACAGCCUCCAAGUUCCGAGCUGCCAAGCACAUGGCCGGGCUGAAGGUCUACAACGUGGACGGCCCCAGUAACAACGCCACCGGGCAGUCCCGGGCCAUGAUCGCGGCGGCCGCACGCCGCAGGGACUCCAGCCACAACGAGCUGUACUACGAGGAGGCCGAGCACGAGCGGCGGGUGAAGAAGCGGAGAGCAAGGCUGGUGGUCGCUGUGGAGGAGGCCUUCAUCCACAUCCAGCGUCUGCAGGCCGAAGAGCAGCAGAAAGCCCCCGGGGAGGUGAUGGACCCGCGCGAGGCCGCCCAGGCCAUCUUCCCCUCCAUGGCCCGGGCCCUGCAGAAGUACCUGCGUACCACCCGGCAGCAGCACUACCACAGCAUGGAGAGCAUCCUGCAGCACCUGGCUUUCUGCAUCACCAACAGCAUGACGCCCAAGGCCUUCCUGGAGCGUUACCUCAGCGCGGGGCCCACGAUGCAGUACGACAGGGAGCGCUGGCUGUCCACGCAGUGGAGACUGGUGAGCGAGGAGGCUGUGACCAACGGCCUGCAGGACGGCCUCGUCUUCGUCCUCAAGUGCUUGGACUUCAGCCUCGUGGUCACUGUGAAGAAAAUCCCCUUCAUCGUGCUCUCUGAGGAGUUCAUAGACCCCAAGUCUCACAAAUUUGUCCUCCGCUUACAGUCUGAGACGUCGGUUUAAAAAAAGUUCUACAUUGGUGGCUUU